AUGACAGAUCAUUUUGCUCUAGGUCUAGGUGCUCUUCUUCUGUUGCUACUAAGUACCAGUUGUUUCAGUUCUGAGCUUGAUGUCCAAUGCUUGAGAGAAGUUCAGAAAUCGGUGAUUGAUCCAAAUGGUAUACUCAAUUCCUCAUGGAUUUUUGAUAAUGGCACUGCGGGUUUCAUAUGCAAAUUUACUGGUGUGGAGUGCUGGCACCCAGAUGAGAAUCGAGUUCUUACAUUGCGCCUCAGCAACCUUGGACUUCAAGGUCCAUUCCCUAAAGGUCUUAAGAAUUGUACCAGUAUGACUGGGCUGGAUCUGUCAAGUAACAACUUUACAGGCGCCAUCCCUUCAGACAUCGAGCAGCAAGUGCCAUUUUUGACAUCUCUGGACCUCUCCUAUAAUGGUUUCUCAGGAGGAAUUCCAAUACUUAUUUAUAACAUUACAUACCUAAACACCCUUAAUCUUCAGCAUAACCAAUUGAGUGGUGAAAUCCCAGGGCAGUUCAGCGCCCUUGCUCGGUUACAAGUGUUCAAUGUUGCUGACAACCGACUAUCAGGGACUAUUCCAAGUUCUCUACGGCACUUCUCGGCAUCAAACUUUGCUGGUAAUGAAGGACUGUGUGGGCCUCCAUUAGGUGACUGCCAAGCUUCAGCGAAGAGCAAGAGCACUGCAGCAAUCAUCGGGGCUGUUAUUGGAGUGGUAUCUAUGUUUGAGAAUCCAGUUUCAAAGAUGAAACUAAGUGAUCUCAUGAAAGCCACAAACCAAUUCAGCAAAGAGAACAUCAUUGGUACUGGGAGGACAGGAACUAUGUACAAGGCAGUGCUACCUGACGGUUCCUUCCUAGCUGUGAAAAGGCUACAAGACUCGCAACAUUCUGAAUCACAGUUCACAUCAGAGAUGAAGACACUUGGCCAAGUGAGGCACCGGAACUUGGUUCCACUCUUGGGAUUCUGUAUUGCCAAGAAGGAGAAGUUGCUGGUGUACAAGCACAUGCCCAAGGGCUCACUCUAUGAUCAGUUGAAUCAAGAGGAAGGUACUAAGAUGGAUUGGCCGUUGAGGUUACGAAUCGGUAUUGGUGCAGCAAAAGGGCUUGCAUAUCUCCACCAUACCUGCAAUCCUCGAGUUCUUCACCGCAACAUCAGCUCCAAAUGCAUCCUCUUGGAUGAGGAUUUCGAACCAAAGAUAUCGGACUUUGGCCUUGCUAGGCUCAUGAACCCAAUAGACACCCAUCUCAGCACCUUUGUCAAUGGGGAAUUCGGAGACCUCGGUUACGUGGCACCGGAGUAUGCGCGUACUCUGAUGGCCACGCCGAAGGGCGAUGUCUACAGCUUUGGUGUGGUUCUCCUUGAGCUCGUCACCGGCGAGAAGCCUACCCACGUUUCCUCAGCCCCUGAGAAUUUCAGAGGGAGCCUAGUGGAAUGGAUCAAUUAUCUGUCCAACAACGCACUUCUCCAAGAUGCUAUCGACAAGUCGCUGGUAGGGAAGGACACCGAUGGUGAGCUGAAGCAGUUCCUGAAAGUUGCGUGUUCCUGCACGCUCGCCACCCCAAAGGAGAGACCAACCAUGUUUGAGGUUUACCAGCUCGUUAGAGCCAUUGGGGAAAGGUACCAUUUCACUGCCGAUGAUGACCUAGUGCUGCCACCUCUUAGCACAGACGGUGACGGUGUAACCCUCGACGAACUCAUUGUUGCCAAGUAA